ACUAAGGGCUCUAGGGCGUAAGGGGUCACUCCACGCUAAGGGCGCCUGGGGGGCGUCGUUCCGCUCCCCCCGCCAGGGCUAGAGGAGGCGCCCCGCCCCGGCCGGGCUGAGGCGGGGCCGGUCUUGCCAAGCCGCGGAAGCCUCCAGGGCGGGACUCGGCGGCCAGGGAGCCGCAGGGGCGGCGAUGAGGUCCCGCGGCGGGAGGAGUCCGCUGCCCCGGGCGGCGAUGCCAGGAUAGCGCAGCCGGUGCCAUGGUGCGGGCAGCGGCCCCAGCGCUCGGGCUCCUCCUCCUGCGGCUGCUGCAGCUUCUCUCGCUCCCCGCCGCCCGCAGCGGCCCGCCCGGCGACCUCCUGUACAUCUCUGAGUAUUUUUCUCAGAGUGCCCAGAAGCUGUCCUUCUACAGCUGGUAUGGGAACGCCAAACUCUUCCGCUUCCAGGUCCCGGAGGACACGAUUCUGCUGCGCUGGCUCCUGCAGGCAUCCAAGGGGAAAGGACCUGAGUGCACCAGUACGGAGAUCACCAUCCACUUCAGUUACGGAGCCCCUCCCGUCAUUAACCCACUGGGCACUCAGUUUCCCUCAAAUACGACUGUCCGCCCAUCCUACAACUUAACCAUGACUCUGAGCGUCACUCUGCAGAACAGCACCUUUGUGAACAUCACCACCCCAGCUGCCGGAGACUGGUUCAUUGCUGCGCACCUGCCUCAGGCUGCAGGCAAGAUCGAAGUGAAGGGUUUCUCCACUCCCUGCGCCUAUAUAUUCCAGCCGGACAUGUUUGUGCUGAGAUUUGUUGAUGUCCCUGUCCUGCAGCCGGACACUCCCCUGCAGCAAACCAUUGCCUCUCCUGCUAGGCCACUGCAUGUCAAGAUCUUCAUCCCUGAGUACACUGCCACGAUGCAGUUCACACUGCGGAGCUGUGUGGUGAACAGCACAAAGGCAUGUGCCAUCCGGGUCGUGCUGGGCUCCAUCAUGCUGCCACAGUCCUUCCAGAAAACCCUCAGCUGCAAGGGGACAGCGGAUUGCAGCCUGGUCCUCCAUUCGCCCCCAUGGGAGAAGUGGCUGCAGAUCAUGGCAGAGAAUCUGGGCACCGCCAACGCCAGCGUCUCCUUUGAAAUGAUUGCUUCCUUCACAGCUUGCAAGCCGGGGAGCACCAAUUCAUUCCUUAACUUCUACAGCAGCCUGAAUCAGAACCAGAGCACUCCAGCCCUGGGUGGGGGUCGCAAUGCCAGCACCCUGGGAAUGUUGGGGAACACCACUCUACCCGCAGUGGGUGCUGGAAACAAUGUGUCCAACCCGGGGACCUUCUGCCUUCAGAGUCAGCCUGUCAUCCGUGAGGACCUGGACAUUGCCUCUGUGAGGUUCAGAGUUAUAAAUGGGCCCAGCAUUCCUGUUCACUCUGAAUUCCCCACGCUUCUCCUCUUGAAUUUGAAUACUGGCAUGGACAGUGGAGGCACCCUGGUGGUGAACCUGCUGCUGAAUGAGACUUCCCUGAGCAUAGGCAAUGCUAGCGUGUUCGCGUGCGUGAGUGCUGCUUCUCCAGUGCUGACCCUCAACACCACACGGAACUGCAGCACAGCUUUUUUCCAGGGCUACCCUCUGAAGGUGAAUGCGUCCUCCACAGAAGCAACACUGAUUAUUCCCUAUCCAGAGACUGACAACUGGUUCCUUUCCCUGCAGCUCAUCUGCCCAUGGGGUCAGGGGGAAUGUAACAAAGUGAAAGCCAAAGUGACCGUCUCCAUAUACCUCACCCCCUGCUUCGACGACUGUGGGACAUAUGGACAGUGCGGUCUUCUGAGAAGACAUGGCUACCUCUAUGCAGGCUGCAGCUGUAAAGCUGGUUGGGGUGGAUGGAGCUGCACUGAUAACACUAAAGCCCAGUCUGUUGGCUCACAGAAUCUGGCCACCCUUUUGCUCACGCUCAGUAACCUCAUGUUCCUGCCAGCCAUUGCAAUUGCUCUGUAUCACUACUACCUGGUGGAGGCUUCUGUUUACACCUACACCAUGUUCUUCUCCACGUUCUACCAUGCGUGUGACCAGCCAGGAGUCGCUGUGAUGUGCAUCAUGGAUUACGACACUCUGCAGUACUGCGACUUCCUGGGCUCCGUAGUCGCCAUUUGGGUGACUAUCCUGUGUAUGGCCCGAGUGAAGAAAAUCUUAAAAUACGUUCUCUUUGUGCUGGGGACCCUGUUAAUUGCCAUGUCCCUGCAGCUGGACCGCAGAGGGAUUUGGAACAUGAUGGGCCCCUGUCUUUUUGCUCUCAUCAUCAUGAUCAUGGCAUGGGUCUACCAUGGAGUGAAGCGCCGCCAUUGCUACCCCACCUCAUGGAAGCGCUGGGUUUUCUACCUCAUUCCAGGGAUCACCUUGGCUUUCGUUGCCAUCUCAGUGUAUGCAUUCAUGGAAACCAAUGACAACUACUAUUACACGCACAGCAUCUGGCACAUCCUGGUGGCCAGCAGCGUGGCUUUCCUACUCCCACCUCAUGACAAGCAUAAGAAGCCCUGGGCCUGGUCACAGAAGCUCAUCUGUCGCUAUCAGAUAUGCAAAAAUGACCGCGAGGAGCUCUAUGUGGUGACCUGAGUCAGGCUGGCGUGCAGGGCUACAGGCCAGUGGGAUGGAGGACUUGCUUGGGCCCCUCUUCUUCAGAUGAGUGAGAACUGCCACCUGUGCAUGCUCAGAACUCAGUAAUGCACUUGUUGGCUAGCCAGGGCAGCACAAUGGCUGGGCCUCUGCCUCUGGGGAAAAUGGUGACAAGUCCCCACACCCUUCCACGGGAUAGGGAGAGGCUUCUAAUGUUUUUUUUUGUAAAGAAAGGAAUAGCCUGCAUCCACAUGCCACCAAAAAGAUGAGAGCUCCAUUCCCUUCUGGCCAUGGCAGCUGGUCUGGGGCUCACUGUUACCUACCAUAGUGAGGGCUCUGGCACCAGAGCUCCUCUCCAGAUGCCAACUCCUCGCAGAGGACUCCAGGAUGGUGCCUGGCUUUGUUUCCACUAGGAGUUCUUGUGGUCUCACCUCGCUUUGCCAUGGAAAGGGCAACUACCCCAGCUGUGCAUGAGCUGGAGCUGGUGGCCUCCUUCAGCAAGACAUGUCUCUCUCAUCUUGGCAUUACUGGGAAGCUGCCCAUCCCAAAGCAAAACUAUGGAAAUAGAGGCACACUGUGUCCAUGUGUUCUAGAAUUAGCUGCCCCUUUCUCCAUCUGCAUAAUAUGCUCAAUGGUUUGAGUCCAUCACAUCCUGCUUUGCAUUAGGGGAAUAAUAACUGAUGUGGAAAUUCUGCCACUGAAGAACUAAACCCCAGAUCAGGUUACUGUUUUCACUCCUGUUCCUAUCAAGUGUCAGGUAGCAGCUGCUGGAGUUUGUUUAAAUGCCCUUGGCGGCUAUAGCAGUUCUUGUGAUUGGAGUAAGUAGUUGAGAGAACAUAGAUGAGUCCUGGAUAGGGGGUCUGUCUUACGAAGAGCGUGCAGAAUGAGACUGUAAUGUCCCAUGUAUUGGAUAGUUGUGUCUUGUUGAACAUGGCAGGACAAAUUUUCAACCUGGCCUUAACUAGGCCUCCCUUUCCACAGGUUGAAUUAUUUGCAUCCACAGCUGAGAUCAUGCCCAGGGACGUCCUUACCCAUACACAAAGUAACAGCUGCGUAGGGCACCAGGAAAUUUCCUGGUGCCCUGCGCAGCUACGUGCUGCUCUAGCCCCUGCUCCAGCUCUUCCCCAGGGCCCCUGCCCCUGUUCCGCCCCUUUCCUGCCCCACCCCCACUCCCCUGAGGACUCCAGAAGCAGUCGGGUCUGCACUCACUGGUAAGUAGAGCAACUUGGCCCCAGCCUGCUCCACUCCCCUGGCUCCCAGCCACACUGCCAGCGAGUGCUGGGGAGCAGUUUCCCCCUCCCCCCAAGUCUGGGAGCCAGGGGAGCAGAGCAGGCUGGGGCCGGGUCACUCCACUUCCCGCAGGAGGUGGCCAUCCCCCUUCCCCCCCUCCGCGGAGGCCUGGAGCGGGGCCCCACACAGCCCCCCUGGGGCCGCCCCCCCCCCGGUCUUCCCCAUGGAGGCCUGGGGCCCACACAGCCCCACCGCGGGGGGCUGCAUAGGGCACCAAAAUAGCUAGGGACUCCCCUGAUCAUGCCGAUGUCAAAGUGCACGUACCAACCAGGGGAUCAGACACCUCAGCAAACUAAACUGCAGGGGCAAAAUUGCAACUGCAACUAUUUGUGUGCAAUUUGUGUCACGCAAAAGGAGGUCAGUGCCUGAACAUCUGGCCUGGUGGGUGUUCAACAUAUGCGACCUCUGGCUUUUCCCUCAGGGAUGCUGACUAUUUCAUACUUAGGUCUGAUGUGAGUAGAGUGUUGUAUACAAUAUGGAGUCUGACUGCUAUUUGACAUCAAGGAUCCUUCCUUCAUGAUGAUCAGCUGCAGAGGAAGACAGCAAAGACUCUGUUUAAAACAUGUGGUUGGGAGAAGGGAAGUGAGUAAGAGCUGUUAAUUAAGGGCACUUUCUCUGGGUAAGAUUAUUUGGCUUUUGAAAAGUAGCCCAGCAUUUUGCCAGCUGCUUACAGUCUCAAACUUUACCCUUCUCUAGCAACUAAUCUAGACACCAGCUAACUUAAAGUUCCAACAAACUCUCUUCGGGGGGCUGGACUAGGUUUGGUGCAGGUAAAUCUGGGGAAGACCUGCAAGCUGAUUUGACCUGCAUCUUGCUCCUGGAGUAGAAGCAGAGAUGAGAACUUCACAUUGGUUGCCGUAUUUCUUUACAAAUUAAUUUUUUCAAACAGAUAUACAGAUUAGCAAAUAACACUCAUUGUACCUAGAUGAAAAAGCCACUGAUGGAAGGAAAAAAAUGGUUAUGGCUGCAGGCUGUUUAGAAACACUUGUAUCUCUUCACUCCGUGCUACAGGUAAUGUGAAUUUAUAUGGAAUGCUGAGCAGUAACACUAAGUGUUGUGGUAGUCUGACUUCUUAGUUGUUCCAAGCAACAUGAAGACAGGAUUUUUAUAUUGAUAUGUAAUGUCCCAAAUCCACCGGCCUUUGUUGUUCUGCUAUAGGCUUGGAUUUCUGUCUUAGUGUUCCUUUCACUUCCUGUAGCAAGGCUCUUGUUUUGUACGGCCUUGGAGCAGGAUUUCAAACACUCUGGGAUUCCUAUAACUUAAUCACCAGUUUUUAGCACUUUCCCUUCAGUUGUAAUCUGAGCACUUGGCCUUAGAGUAUUGUAAUACAUUGUUUGCAACUCUUUCAUACAUAGAAUGCUGCAUUUGCAGCUUUGAUGCUGCAUAUUAACUAGAUGGAGCAAUAAUACUCUAAUUUAUGCCUUUUUAAUAUAGUUUUCAAUGCUGUGAAGCACAUUGAGCUUUGGGAUGGGUGAGGGGGAUAAAUCCCUGUAAUUAUUUUGCUAGUCUUAUUCCUCUUCACCCCCAACACUAUGAUGGAAAAGAAUUAUCUUGUAUAAUUUUACUGGGAGAAAUAAAUAUUUUGUCAAUUACCUCGGGUAGAAUUUGAGCAGAUGCCAAUAUUUAAAUACUUGAUUUUUUUGCUGUAAUAUUUGUGGUUUAAUUUUAUUUUAUAUAAUGAAUUUUAAAGCUUCCUGUUUUUAUAAUUUAAUAAAUGUAAUUGUACUUGAAAUCAUCCAAUCUGCAAUAGCACUUUCUGGAAUGGGAUUUUAUAUUUGUAUGUCUAAGGCAAGAAAUCAAAUAAAAAGCAAAACAAAG